AUGGACCUUCCUGACGCGAACACGGUUUUUGUUAUGCGUGGCUCUUGCGGGGAUAAUCUUAUUACUAUGGAGAGGAGUGACCACAUCAGCGUCGGAGAUGCAAAGCGCAGAUUCUACUGCUGGGGCCCUUCAAAACCGCCAAUGCAGAUGACAUCAAAUGAGGCAGUGGAUUGGAACGCGCAUUUACAGACUCCAGUCAUAUUCAAUCACCAUGAACCGCUGGUGAUAGACGAGUCGACUAUCAAGCAUGUUGACCUCAACGCUAUAAAAUCAACCCCUCGAGCCGUAGCGAACGAAGAAAGGAUUCUCAUUUUGACGCCGCUGAGAGACGCAGCAGCUUAUUUACCAAAAUACUUUGAUCUCCUCUGCGAAUUGACAUAUCCUCAUCACCUAAUUGACCUGGCGUUCCUGGUAGGCGACUCAACGGACGAGACACUCGCGAUUUUAUCCAAGGAGCUGGAACGAGUACAAAAGAAGACGGAUAACCUGAAUGUGCCGUUUAACAGCGCCUUGAUUGUUGAAAAGGACUUUGGCGUUGUCAUGUCGCAAAGUGUCGAAGAGCGACAUAGCUUCAAGGCCCAGGCACCGCGAAGGAAGGCUAUGGCGAGGGCUCGCAACUACCUGCUUUAUGCGGCAUUGAAGCCCGAACACUCAUGGGUGUACUGGAGAGAUGGUGAUAUUCACGAUAGCCCGAAGAAAAUCAUCGAGGAUUUUGUUGCCCAUGAUAGGGACAUCAUCGUCCCCAACAUUUGGUUCCACCGUUAUGAGAAUGGGAAAGACAUCGAGGGGAGAUUUGACUAUAAUUCCUGGGUCGAAUCUGACAAGGCAUUGCGAUUGGCAUCGACACUCGACAAGGAUGCCAUCAUAGUUGAAGGAUACAAGGAGUAUGACACUGGCCGCACGUAUAUGGCCAAAAUGGGAGACUGGCGACACAAUAAGGACGACGAGCUGAUGCUCGAUGGUAUUGGAGGAGUGAACAUUGUCGUUAAGGCUGAUGUCCACCGAUCAGGCAUUAAUUUCCCCGCCUACUCUUUUGAAAACCAAGCAGAAACCGAAGGAUUUGCCAAGAUGGCAAAGAGAGCCGGAUACGAAGUCGUUGGAUUGCCAAACUACGUUGUUUGGCACAUAGAUACCGACGAGAAGGAGGGAAACAAGUAA